AUGGGGGGGGGUGGGGGGGGGGUAGGGUGGGUGGGUGUUUGUUGGGGGGUGUGGGGGUUGAUGUGGUGGUGGGGGGGUGGGGGGGGGUGUGGUUUUGGGUGGGGGUGGGUUGUUGGGGGUUGGUGGGUGUGGGGGUGUGGGGGUGGGGUGAUGUUUGUGGUGGUGUGGGGGUGGGUGUGGGGUUGGUUUGUUUGGUGUUUGUUGGGGGUUGGUGGGGUUGGGGUGGGUGGGGUGGGUGUGGUGGGGGGUGGGGUGGUGUGGUGGGGGUGGGGUGUGGGGGUGGGUGGUUGGGUGGGUGGGGGUGGGGGGGGGGGUGUGUGGGGGGGGUGGUGUGGGGGGGGGUUGGGGUGGGUGGGGGUGGUUGGGGGUGGUGGGUGGGUGGUGUGGGUGGGUGGGGUGGUGGGGGUGGGUGUUGUGGGUGGUGUGGGGGUGUGGGUGGGGGUGGUGGGUGGUGGGGGGGGGGUGGGGGUGGUUUGGGUGGGUGUGGGGUGGGUUGUGGUUGGUGGUGGGGGUGUGGGUGGGGGGGUUGGGGUGGUGUGGGUGUUGGUGGGUGGGGGUGGGGGGUUGGGUGGGGUGGGUGGGUGUGGGGGGGUGGGGGUGGGGGUGUGGGGUGGGUGGGGGUGUGGUGUUGGGGGGUGGGGUGGUGUUGGGGUGUGGGUGGGGGGGGUGGUGUUGGGUGGGGGUGGUGGGUGUGUGGGGUUGUGUGGUGUGUGGGUGGGGGUGGUGGGUGUGGUGGGUUGUGGGGUGGGUGUGGUGGUGGGGGUGUGGGGGGUGGUGGUGGGUGGGUGGGGUUGGGUGUGGGGUGGUGGGUGGUGUGUGGGUGUGUGGGGGGGUGUGGGUGUGGGUGGUGUUGGUGGUGGGUGGGGUUGUUGGUGGGGUGGGGGGGUGGGGUUGGGUGGUGGGGGUGGUGGUUGGGGUGUGGUGGGGUGGGGUGGGUUGUGGGUGGUGGGUGUGUUGGGGUGGGGUGGGGGUGGGGGGUGUGUGGUGUUGGUGGUGGUGUGGGUGGGGGGUGUUGGGGGUGGUGGGGGGGGGUGGGUUGGUGUGGGGUGGUGGUGGGGGGGGUGGGUUGGGUGUGGUGGUGGGUGUGGGGGGUGGGUGGGGUGGGUUGGGGGUGGGGGUGGGUGGUGGGGGGUGGGGGGGGUGGGUGUGUGGGUUGGGGGGGGUGGGUGUGGGUGGUGGUGGGGUGUGUGUGGUGGUGUUUGUUGCCCAAAUGGCACGGCCCUCGUCAUAUGA